AUGGCGCAAAUCCGCGGCACUGCGGGCUACAACCUCGGCCACCAGAACCGCUUUGCUGGCGGGCCUGGUGGCCUCGACGCGACUAGCGAUCCCAGUCCGCUCGAUGCCAUUCGCGAGCAGACCAGCAAGAUCGAGGACUGGCUGGACACCGUGUCGGAUCCGAUCAAGCCGUAUGUGCCAGCCAUUGGCCGCUUCCUGAUCGUUGUCACCUUUCUCGAGGACGCCCUGCGAAUCCUGACGCAAUGGAACGACCAAUUGCUGUUCCUGCGGGACUACCGACACAUCCCCUGGGGCAUCACGCACAUGUUCCUCAUCUUCAACGUCGUAGCCAUGCUCAUCUCGUCCACGCUCGUCAUCGCCCGCAAACACAGCGAAUACGCCGUCGGAGGCCUACUCGGUGUCGUCAUCACGCAGGCACUCGGCUACGGACUCAUCUUUGACCUCAACUUCUUCCUGCGCAACCUGAGCGUGAUUGGUGGGCUGUUGCUUGUUGUGUCGGACUCGUGGGUGCGCAAGAAGUACAUGCCGGCGGGUCUGCCGCAGCUCGAUGAGAAUGACCGCAAGAUGUACGUGCAGCUGGCUGGUCGUGUGCUGCUGAUUCUGCUGUUUAUUGGCUUUGUCUUUGCUGGCCAGUGGUCGUUCUGGCGUGUGUCGGUCAGCAUAAUUGGAUUUGUCGCUUGUGUCAUGGUUGUCGUUGGAUUCAAGGCCAAGAUGAGCGCUGUCAUUCUUGUCGUGCUGCUGAGCAUCUUUAACGUGCUGGUCAACAACUUCUGGACGCUCAAGCCCCACCACCCCAACAAGGACUUUGCCAAGUACGACUUUUUCCAGGUUUUGUCUAUUGUCGGCGGUCUCCUCCUGCUCGUCAACAUGGGCCCCGGACAAUUCAGCGUCGACGAGAAGAAAAAAGUCUACUAG